AUGCCACUGUCUAUACCGCCUCCUCAACUCCGUUUGACGAUGGAAUCAUCAGCGGGGAAGAACCAUGAGUUCUGGCCGUCAAGGUUCCACAAUCUCCAUCUAGUCCCUCUUAUAAGCUGUUGCGACCAUCCCCAACAAUGGCUCGAGAUCGGUAUCGGUGCUGUUUGGGGACUGAAGCAUCUACAUCAAGGCUCGGAAUGCGAAAUCAUUCACCAGGACAUCAAGACCACAGAUAUUUCGUUAGAUGAGAAACGGGUGGCCAAAUUUGCUGAUUUCGGAGUGGUGUUGUUUGAAGUACUGUGCGCAGGACUGGCUGUGGAAGGGAGCCUGAUGAAGGAGCGUUCUUUGAGGGGCACAGAGACGAAGGUGAUGCAAUGUUAUGCAGAAGUAGAUGGAAAGGGUUUCGAGAUUAGCAUGGGUGUAUUUGCUUUCUAUAUGGUGUUGGAUGCUUUGAGUGAAAAUGGGUAG